GCCCGCUCAGAGAUGUGUAUAAGAGACAGACCUAAGGAGGAUCAAUCUAAGGAGGAGGAGUCAUUAGAUAUACUUGGUAAUGGUCAGCUGAAGAAGAAAGUUCGAAAGAAAGGCCAGAAAGAUGUAAAGCCGCAAAGAGGUGAUAUAUGUACACUAGAAAUGAUUGGUAUGCUUGACGAUGGGACAGUAGUGGAAUAUAAUGAUAACAUGUCGAUACAAGUAGGGGACUUGGAAGUAGUACAGGGAUUGGACCUAACGAUUGUAUUGAUGGAAUUGGGCGAAGUUGCCGAAAUUCGAGUUGAUCCUAGAUUUGCUUAUGGCACACGUGGCGAUGGAUCUGUACCACCUAAUGCUACUGUUACAUACAUGGUUGAAUUGAAGGCGAUAACAGAUGAGCCUGAGAUAGAAACUCUGAGCAUUCGGGAAAGAAGAGAAAUAGGGUAAUAAUUUUAUUUAUAAGUCACAUAUAAUUGAAC